UUUGGUCGUUUGGUAGGAUACAAACACAAGCAGGCGGUGGAAAGUGCAACAAAGCAAGCCGUGAUUUGUCCUGAUUUGCAAGAGUGUUUGUGGUGGUGUGUCCUUUACCAGUACAAACACACUCUCGCAGCAUCCGUCCGUGCGUCCGUCAAUUACCCUAACCAGACCGCAAACAACAACGUACCAUAUCCCUGUAGGCGGCGAGUUAAAAAAAAGGAUCUGUUUACAUUCGCCCUUCAACCGGAAAAGCCAAUAAAGGUGUAGACAUAUCGUACACGGUUCAGCGUGUUCCGUCCGCCCACCGGCAAACCACCACUUAUCGGGCCAUCCAACCACCAACCUGCGAGCUCCGAUGACAGCGACGAUGCUUGCCAGCGAUGCUUGAGCGCGUCCGGUUCGGUGGUUUCAGUGGCACGUACAAAGUAAGGGGCGCCGAGCUGGCUCGUGACAGGAAAACGCAAACUAAACCGGUGACCGUACUUUUCCUCGAUGAAAGUACGCACACGUUCCAUCUGGACAAGCGCGCCAAGGGCGCCGAACUGCUCGAGCAGGUGUUCCAGCACGUGGAGCUGUCCGAGCGGGACUAUUUCGGGCUGCAGUUCCCAUCGGCGGAAGAUGCGCAUACGCUCAGCAAUGGGAACGGUGGCAGCACCAAUCACAACACGAGCAAGAGCGAUCCAUCGGCCGGCGGUGGUGGAUCGAGCAGUGGAUCGAGUAGUACCGGCGGCCCCAAUGGCAGUACCACCGUCCCAGUCUUGCCGACGGCACAGUUCCCGAACGGACGGCAACCGGUACGGUGGUUGGAUCCGAACAAGCCUUUCCGCAAGCAGCUAAACGAUGCACGAACGAGCACGGUACGAUCGCAUGCGGACGGUGGGCCACACGUGCCGUUGUUGCUGUUUCGCGUCAAGUUCUACGUCACCGAUCCGAGCCGGUUGCACGAAGAGUACACGCGUUAUCAGUUUUAUCUGCAGAUCCGGCGUGAUGUCUAUCAGGGCCGGUUGCCCGUCAGUCUCAACACUGCCUGUCUUUUAGCCAGCUUUACUGUACAAGCUGAACUUGGCGAUUACAAUCCGUUGGAGCAUACGGCCGGAUAUUUGAGUGAGCUGCAGCUUCUGCCGGAGCAAACAGAGGAAGCGGAACAUCGCAUAUCGGAACUGCACAAGCUGCACCGUGGUCAGCUACCGGCCGACGCAGAGUACAACUAUCUCGAACACGCUAAACGGCUGGAGCUUUACGGGAUCGAUUUCCACCGGGCGACGGUAAAUCAAUCGAAGCGGUUUUCUCCAUUUGGGAACUCUAUCCCACUACCUACCCGUCCUCCUCCGUUGCAGGAUUCAUCCGGUAAGGAGCUAGCGUUGGGUGUAUCUUCCCUCGGUUUGUUGGUGUAUCAAAAUGGCACCCGCAUCAACACCUUCUCCUGGUCGAAAGUGGUAAAGGUGUCCUUCAAGCGGAAAGAUUUCUUUAUCCAGCUGGCCCGGGAACCGUCCGAACACUACGAUACGCUGCUCGGCUUCAGUAUGGGUUCGCACCGUAAUGCCAAGCUGCUGUGGAAGGCUUGCGUCGAGCAUCAUUCAUUCUUCCGGUUGAAGAAACCACACCGUUCGCCACGUUCCUUCCUGCCACUUACAUUGCGCUCCAAAUUCCAUUAUUCCGGCCGCACCGAACUGCAAGCCGUAACGGAAAGCCGCCAGCGUGGUAAGGUGGCGAAAAUAUUCAUCCGUUCGCCUAGUCGACGGUUGUUGGCUACGAUUUCACAACCGCAAUCACCUCAGCUGAACGGUGCAAGUGGUCCCACCGCCGACGGUAGUGGCGCAUCGUGCAACGAGGCAAGCAACGGUGGCACCAACAUCAGUGCUACGGGCGGAAACAAAAAUCAGCUUACGUUGCUUUCGAUCACAAAAGCUACGCGCACGUACGAUAAGGUUACUUCCAAGACACCGUCGUCCAUGCCGCGAAAAGCCUGGGAACAGCAGACCGAUGAACCUACUUUCAUCGAGCAUUGUGCCCGCACGUCGAUGCCCAUGUACGAUUCGCCACCCUCGUAUGCCGGUCUCAAUGGUAACGGGGCAGGCAACGGAAUCAACGGAGACGAUGAAGCCGGUGGUCUGGUUACGAUCCAUCUGGUAGCGGACGAGCAGGGCCGUUUCGGGUUUAACGUAAAGGGUGGCAUCGAUCACGGUCUCCCGAUAUUGGUUUCACGAGUCGCGCCGCAUACACCGGCGGACAAAAGUACGCCACGCGUUUGCGAAGGUGAUCAGGUGGUGCGGAUCAACGGACGUGACGUUAGUACGAUGGCUUACGAGCAGGUCGUAAGUUUAAUUCGUGCCUCGCGUGAGUAUCAGGGUGGUGAACUGCUACUAACGCUGAAACCGAAUGCCUUAGUCGACUAUACCGAGGAGGAACCACUGUACCAGUACGUCCCGGAGGAGAAUGAUAUCGUGCGGGCAGGGUUGCUAAACGGUGAUCAGCUGUUCACGCAAUCGUUACUGCUGUUGCGCGAUGGUUUAGCAUCCGGCGCACUGUUGGCACAGUAUGAACAGCUGUACCGGAAGAAUCCGGAACUGGCUAUUACGGAGGCGCGUAAAAACGAAAACAUUGGAAAAAAUCGUUACCGUGACAUAUCACCAUAUGACUGUACUCGCGUCGUACUUCAGCAUGCGGAAAGUGGCGAUUACAUAAACGCCAACUAUGUGAACAUGGAAAUACCACCCGCCCGGAAAACGAACCGCUACAUCGCCACGCAAGGUCCGCUACCGUCGACGGUAAACGAUUUCUGGCGCAUGGUGCAGCAGGAAAGCAGCCACUUGGUGGUGAUGUUGACGACGGUAAAAGAAAGCGGCAGCACCAAGUGCCAUCAGUAUUGGCCGUCGGCCGAUGACGAUCCACUAGUACCGUCGGCCGGGUUUUCGAUCAAUUGCCUUACGGAGAAGCCGGACGAAACCGGAAGUUUCGUGUUUCGCGAUCUCGUCAUGACGGAUGAGCGCACGAAAGAAACGCGCACCAUCCAACACAUGCAGUAUCUGGCCUGGCCGGACCACGAUGUACCGGCUGAUCCGAAUCUGUUUCUGCAGUUUACCGAGCGGGUCCGGUCGGCACGGGAAACGACACUGCCGCUAGAGAUUGAGGCAAGCCUCAAAAAUGUGAAAUUGCGCAGUGUCGACGAGAACGGUGGAUUGGACAACUCGGAGCGACGGAUCGUGCACACGGACAGUGACGACAGUCCGAAUGAUAUGCCAUCCUCAACGUCGGUGCAUCAAUAUAUAAGUGCAUCGAAUCCACCUAUUAUCGUACACUGUUCGGCCGGCAUCGGUCGUACAGGGGUGCUGAUCUUGAUGGAUACCGCACUGGCACUGAUGGAGGUACGGGAACCGAUCUAUCCCUUGGACAUUGUACAAGCGAUGCGUGAUCAACGGCCAUGCAUGGUACAGAAUGUGAGUCAGUAUCGAUUCGUGUGCGAGUGCAUUUGUGCCGCGUAUUUACAACAGGUAGCCAAGGAACAAGCUGCCUCCGCUCCUAGCUCUCCUACCGGUACGUUAGAAUCUAGAAAACCCGUCACAAAAACGGCAUCACCGUCUGCAGCUGGUGCAGCACCAAUGGCACCGAAAUCCGUUCCCAGCAUAGCGUCACCAGAGGAAACGAUGCUCGAUACGCCCGCAGACAGCGAACGCAAGGCACCGUUGGCAACGGAAACGACAAGCAUCAGUACGGCCACCGUAUCACCGUCCAAUGGACACCAGGAGGUCGAUUAGAGAACGUACGCGCCGCCGGAACCCAACGAACGAAACGGAGCGAAACCGAGACAUUUCGCGUUGAAAACCGCUCGCGUAUUUCCGUAAAUCGGUAUUAAUUUAUUUCAAUUUCGUAUAUUACUAUGAUUUUUUCCCGAUUCCCAGCUUAAAUGGGCCGCGCGGGAUUUUGAAUCGUAUGUGUGCGUUCACCUAUACCAUGCACUGUGCUUUACACGGCAUACAUCCUUCUUAAUAUGGAUCCCGACGUUGGAUCUAGAAUUAUGCAAGCUUUUGUUUUUUUUUCUGUUCAUUUUCUCAUACAUUUACAUGUGCAUGCAGCUGCACACAACUUUCUUAUAUGACCUCUUCUUGACAAUUUAGAUCCUCUCAGCCUUUUUGUGUUAGAAACACCAUCACGCAGAAGUAUUGCACGCCUCGCCUAUCAGUACUCAUGCAGUGGAUGGAAUUAAUAUAACCUUUGUGAUUGAAACAGUAUACCCGUUCUUGCGGCUUUAGGACGUAAGGCAAAGAACAACACGAACGACAACAAUAACGAAAUACGGCAUUGUCCCAGACGAAAUGAAGUUGGGUGAGAAACAGGCGCAUGUUAUAGUAGGUAGUAAACCCAUUUCCGCUUUCAAUCUCUCGUAUAAGUUUUUAUCCGUUUAUCCUGGUUCGUUUUUUUAAUGCGCGAUCGCGAUCGGCAAACUGAUCAUUACAACUUUCUGCCAAUACAGCCACACAAACUCACAUAAACAAAUACAUUUAUAUAAAUAUCUACACGCAUGUAACCAAUCCGACCGAUGCAAGACUAUUCGAAAAAGUAUUUUAUACACCGAGUGCACCUUCAUUCAGCCUUUGCCGAAUUUAUGUGAAAUUAUAAUCAAUCAAUGAACGAAGAAAUACAAGGAUAGUGUAUGUAGUAGUGCAGUGCGUUUGGGCAAUGCUUUAAACUUUCGAACGUGAACACUGCAUGUGAAUUGUGGUGAAUGUUUAUUUUUUAAACAAAGUAAUAAAUCAAGUGCAUCGUAAUACGGAACACCCUUUGGUACAAGAUAGAGAGGCCACAAAAUACACUAGAAGAUAAGCAUGAUUCGAUCCGGUGUUAAAGCAAUACAAUAAACCACGAUAGGGACACGCACAAAAGAGGCCGUAACGUGUACGUAACGUGUACAUAACGGCAGCAAUAUUUUAGGACGCAAAUCAGGAGUGAAAUUUUACAACAAUCUUAUCAAAAUGCAGCCACCAAUCAGAGCUUGUUAUAAGCAAAAAAUCGUGCAAAUUCCCUCGGCAUCGGUGAUGUGUUAGGAAGCGUAACAGUGAGCCGUUAAUUAUGCAGACAUUUUAAAGCAACGCGCGGACAAAAGCACAGCAUUAUAAGCGAUGACUACGGAACUCGGGAGAUUGGUUUGCCGUGAGCAAUAAACGAAUAUUAAAAUACACAGUCAAUGUUGAAAGAGUUGAAACAGUUUUCAAACGGAUGAUAAUUCGUGUUAAGAGGAAGCAAGUACUCGGCAUCAGAUUAAUAUAGCGAUACGCAACGCAGAUAAAUGUUGAGAUGCAGUGUAUUAAGUUAAGAAGAUCAGAUUACAGU